GGAUGUGGACACUGGCUGUAUCGCUCCUGGUGGGAACGGAAGCCUUAAGUAGAAGAAGAAGAUUGCUACAUGUGACUCGAAGAGUAUAAACUAUAAAUAAUAGUUAAUGAAGAAAUAUAGUAUUUAAUUGUUACUUUAAUAAUAAUCUUCGUUAAAUCUAUUGUUGUCUUAUCAAAUACAGUGACAUGGAUAAAGAGACUAAUCAUAAAAAGAAUUUUAAGCGUAAUAGAAAUGAAUAUAAAAGGCAUACACAGUCUAAAGUAUUUUACAAUCGAAAAUUUACGACACCUUUGAGGAAGAAACGGAAAAAUGAAUAUGAUGCUAAUGAAGAAGCUAGGUUAGAAAAAAUAGUUUUUGGUGAGCCAAGUGAUAUUAUAGAUAAUUUAUUAAAUGAUAAAUCCGAGACGAAGAUCAAAGAUGACAUCAAGGAUGAUGAGAGGAACAGUGACGAUAACAAAGAUGAAUCAGAUGAGGACAUUUUAAUUUUACAUCAUAGCGAUACAAAAUCGGAGGAAAAAAAACCAGCUUGGAUAGAUGAAGAUGAUUAUAAUUACACUGUAGAUUCAGCUUUAAAUGUACAAAAUCGUAAAUUGCCAUGCGAGAGAUCAGAGAAAUUGUAUACAACAUAUUUAGAGAACAGAUACAAAUUGUUUGUGGGUACUCCCGAAUGGGCUAAACUUGAAAAAAAAGAUGAAGUCGAUGACUUGGAUAGUGAUGUCUUAAAGCAUAGUUGUCAUUUGGAAGCAUCAAAAGUAAAGAAUUUGCCGAAAAAUAUUAUUGAUAUCAAAGUGCUCAAGGCACUGAAUAAAAGCACUCACACGGAAGGACCUAUCAUUACUAGUGUAGAAUUUCAUCAAUCGUCCACUGUGGCUUUGGUUGCCGGUACAUCAGGUGUCUUAUCCCUAUUUCAGGUGGAUGGUCAUACAAAUGACAAAUUGCAUAGCAUGCAAUUCAAAAAAUAUCCAAUUAGCAAAGCGACAUUCAUGAAGGAGGGAACAGAAAUUUUGCUUGGUUCUCAAUACUAUCCCUAUUGUCAUACUUAUGAUUUAAUGAAUGGCAAGACGUAUAAAUUACCUCUGCCACACAAGAUUACAAACAUGAAGCGUUACGAAAUAUCUCCUGAUGGCAAAUUAAUAGCAUUGUGCGGAAGAGUGGGCGAAAUAUAUUUAUUACACAGCUGUACUAAAGAACUUAUCAGUACGCUCAAGAUGAAUUCGAAAUGUAGGGUAUUAGCAUUCACUCCAGACAGUAAAACACUUAUCACACACGGCGAUGGUAGCGAAAUGUACAUAUGGGAUCUGAAUACUCGCACGUGUAUCAAUCGUGCCAUAGAUGACGGAAGCUUAUCUUGCGCUUCGCUCGCUGUGUCUCCGAGCGGCCAAUUCGUGGCUACAGGCAGCGCGCAGGGUGUGGUUAAUCUGUACGACAUGAAAACUGUGUUGAAGGAUCAAAGCCCCGUGCCACUAAAGAUAGUGAUGAAUCUUGUGACUAGUGUUACGAGCCUAAAAUUUAAUCCGACCUCCGAGAUACUGAGCGCGGCAUCGGUUGACAAACACAAUGCAUUUAGAAUGUUGCAUCUACCAUCUUUUACUGUGUUCUCGAAUUUUCCGACACUUCAAACCAACAUAGGUACACCGCAAACGAUUAAUUUUUCCCCGAACAGUGGUUAUCUCAGCAUCUCGAAUAGGACGGGUUCCGCUUUGCUGUACAGAUUGAGACAUUAUGGAAAUUAUUAAUUAUAUUGAUAAAAGAAUUUUUCUAAUGUUGUGUAUACAUUAUAAAAAUCUGUAUGGAAUAUAUAAAAUCAGUGUAAUUAUCUUUCAUAAAUAUAUCUUGAUUUAUCCUACUUAUAUACUGCUCUACGUUUAUUCGUACAAUAUUACACAGUAUGCAUAAAGCUAUGUAACAUUAGAAAGAUAUUAACACUACGUUAUACAUAUGUUUGAAUGAGAAAUUAUAAAAUUUCUAUAUAUUCAAAAAA